UUCUCCGUAGUAGGAUUUUUAAUUUCGCUUUCGGGCUUAGUAGUUGAAGAAAAAAAUAAUGUCUUUUAGACAGUUGUGUCAGUUUCUUGUUCAUUUUAUUUGCACUAGAGUUACAUAAUUCGCACUGUACCAACGUGUCUGACCGCCCUUCGUUCAGCGACCAAAGGUCAUUUAUUUCCGGUUGCAGGUCUUGUCGUCUGCUGUUGGACUUCAAAAUGAGCGCAAGGAAUAUUGCUCGCUUUUGGGAAUGGGGACGGAAAAUUAUAUGCGUUGGGAGAAACUAUGCAGAUCACGCUAUGGAGCUCAAAAAUGCAAUACCCAGCGAGCCUGUCCUUUUCCUGAAGCCCCCGUCUGCUUAUGUUAGAGAAGGGUCUCCUAUUCUGCUUCCCUUCUACACCAGCAACCUCCACCACGAAGUUGAGCUGGGGGUGGUGAUUGGUAAAGCAGGGACUGCUAUUCCUCAGUCUUCAGCUAUGGACCAUGUGGCUGGGUAUGUGUUAUGCCUGGACAUGACAGCUCGGGAUGUGCAGGACGAAUGCAAGUCCAAAGGUCUUCCAUGGACUCUGGCUAAAGCUUUCAAUACCUCAUGCCCCAUUAGUGACUUCAUUCCCAAGGAGAAGAUCCCGGACCCCGGGAGCAUCAACCUCUGGUUGAAGGUGAACGAUAUCGUGAAACAGAAUGGAAACACAUCCCAGAUGAUCUUUUCCAUCCCUUAUCUCAUAAACUACAUCAGCGAGAUUAUCUCGUUGGAGGAAGGUGAUCUGAUUCUAACUGGGACCCCUAAAGGAGUGUCAAGCGUCCAGGAACAAGAUGAACUUCAAGCUGGGAUUGAUGACAUCUUGACUAUGACGUUUAAAGUUGAUCGAAAGAGCUGAUUUUAACUUGUUAAUAAUGCAAAUUCAAUGUAUGACAAUGAUUUCAGAAUGACUAGAAUGGAAGAAAUCGUAUGUUGUUUUAUCGUUUAUAUAAAAAAAUUGAUCUGA